ACAUUACAAGCACACAGUAAUCAUUACCUGAGUACUCAAAGUACUCUCUGUUCAGCAUGUUACAGUCAUUAGUGCAUAAAUGCAUCUCAUAUAAUUCUGUUAAUUUUCUUUUUAAGGUGGUCCAGAGAAAUGUCUUCCAAAACCGAUUCUCCUCCAUCCUAUGAGGACACCCUGAAAGAUCCUAAGUUGAAUAAUUACCCCUUCCAGACACAACAUGGCGCCCCUCUUCCCCCUCCGCCGCCCUACAGCCCCAGUCCCGGCAUGUGUCCAGGCCCCGGCUUCCCUCCGGCUGCCAUGCCCAUCCCCACUCUGUCAGCAGGACUGUCUGCGUCCAGCCCAGGAGAAAUGGAUGACUUUUUCAGCACCCAGUGGGAAAGCACGUCCAUUCGACACGCCUUCAUCAGAAAAGUUUACUUGAUUUUGACUGUGCAGCUUGCGUUCACCUUUGCAGUCGUUGGUGUCUUUACAUUUGUUAACCCAGUGAAGAUGUUUGUCACCCAAUACCCAGCAAUCUACUGGGCUUCUUUUGCUGUUUUCUUUUUGGUGUAUUGCAUUCUCAUCUGCUGCAAAGAGCCAAGGAGGCGUUUUCCAUUGAAUCUGGUUCUGCUGGGAAUAUUUACUGUUGCCCUGUCUUAUAUGGCUGGAACAGUUUCAAGCUAUUAUGAAACCAAAGCGGUGAUAAUCGCCAUGGGAAUAACAGGAGUAGUGUGCAUAGCCGUGACAGUUUUCUGCUUCCAGACGAAGGUGGACUUCACCUCCUGCGGGGGAUUUCUCUGCAUAGCUGCUGUUUUGCUCAUGAUCAUUGGGAUUGUUACAUCCAUCGUGCUCUCCUUCCAAUAUGUCCCCUGGCUGCAUAUGCUCUAUGCUGCAAUCGGAGCCAUCGUUUACACUCUGUUUUUAGUCUACAACACUCAGCUCCUCAUCGGGAAUCGGGAGCUGGCCAUCAGCCCAGAGGAGUACAUCUACGGAGCGCUCUCUCUCUACAUUGAUAUCGUUCAAAUCUUCCUCUUCAUCCUGCAAGUCAGCGGAGCGGCAACCGAGUAAAGCAAUCACCCAGCAACAUUUUAUCAGUAAAUCCUGAAUGUACAGAGUAUUUUGGGGAGCAACGUCACAUGUAUGCAUGUGCACCAAUCAAAAAAAUACUUUGUGUAAAACUUAUUCACCAUUAUGUAAACUUUAUUAUAGUUUUAUUUAUGUUUGUAACACUGAAGCACUUUGAUGCUCUCUUUGGAGCAGGAAUAGAAAUCGGAGGCCUUAGCCAAGUAUGAGUGAAGAAAGACACUUAUUUAUGAUGUAAUAUUUAAGUACAUAAAGCAAACAUGUAUCUGAAUUAUUAAUCCUUUCAAACCUAAUUAUUAUUUUGGUAAUUUAUGUCCUUUCAGCUCCCAGCAAGAAACAACAAAAAAAAAUUUUAUUAGCCAUUUUUAUUUCUCAUUAAUUCCUUAUAAAACACAUUUAGUUACAGGCAAACUGUUGAAAACCACAAUCAUUAUACUUAAUAUUCGUGCUGGUAAUACAAAGGACUCUGAUUUGUGUUACAGUUGUUUAAUCCACAUAAUUAACCCUUCGAAAACCCUUGUUAA